AAUUUCUGUAAUUUUUCAGAGAAUUCCGUACAUUGUUGCUAUCUGAAGUUGUAAAAAUCUGUUUUGUCGUCUCACUGAAUCUCAAGUUAUCACGAAUCUCAUCUUUCUGAAGUUUAAAAUCAGCUAAAAAUAAAUUCUUUCAUCAUUCAGUGGACUUUCAGCUUGUGAUUAGAACGAAUUAAAGGAUUUUUUGGAAAAUGUUCGUAUUUUAGAAAGUAUGGCUUUCGUUACAAACAAUCCAAUUUGUAAUUUUUUGCAUUGGAUGGUGCUCGGAGAUAAUCAGCAAAUAAGCGAAAAGAUGCCAGAUACACUGAGUUUGGCUUUGAAUCAUGGCGAACAAUCGCAUCUUUUGUACCGUUUACAUCGCGAGGACACGCUAAAAAUCAAGCCAGGAUCCGCUUUGAUUGGCAAAAAAAUCGUUCUUUACACGAAUUAUCCGGCAACUGAAAAAGAUGGAUUCGUUCGGGAGAAAUAUCAUGUCAUGCAAUGGCAUUCACGUGAUGGAAAAGUUGUCGAAGCGGACUACGAUGGACUCACACUCAUCAACGAUCUUGACCUUUAUUGCCAAAUUACGUGCAAAAAGUCGGGAUCUUUCCGUUUUUACUUCUCCUACGAGAAAAAUGGCGAGCCCGAGGGUUCCUUGUUCAUCCUAAUUGAGCCAAAAAUUUUCGUGGGACCUCCAAAGGCGCGGAAACACGUUCCAACUGACGCGAUUCGGUGUCAAACUGUUCUCGCAAAGCUCUUGGGACCGAUUUCGACGUGGGAAGCCAAACUUUUGGUAGCCAAGGAGUCGGGCUAUAAUGCAAUUCACUUUACGCCGAUUCAACAAUUGGGCGGAUCCCGUUCUUGUUACUCGUUGGCGGAUCAAUUGAUGGUAAAUCCUGAAUUUGCAGCGAAAAAAGGGGGCAAAAUCGGUUUUGAUGAUGUCGAAAAGGUCAUUAAGAAGAUUCGUGAGGAAUGGGGAAUCGCAAGUAUUUGUGAUAUUGUGUUGAAUCACACCGCAAACGAGUCUUUGUGGUUGAAGGAGCAUCCGGAAUGCAGUUAUUCGUGUGCUACAUGCCCCCAUCUUCGCCCUGCGUUUUUGUUGGAUGCACUUUUGGCUCAAUGUGGUGCCGAUGUGAAGGCAGGAAAGCUCGAACAGCAUGGCGUACCUAAAAUAAUUGAGACCGAAGAACAUUUGCAAGCGUUGAAACAACAAGUUAUGACACAUUAUGUACCUCAAAUCAAGUUGCAUCAAUUUUUCCAAUGCGACGUGGAGAAAGUUGUUGCCCAGUUUGAAGCGAAAUUGAAGGAAAUUGGUCCUCCAUCCCCCGAACAUCGUCAUCACGGGCAUGAAGAUGACUUUAUCUCGCUUGAUCGGGUCAUUUUGCAAUUUGAUCCGGAAUACAAGCGACGUUCUUCCAGCGUUGAUCUCGAUAAAGCCGUUAAAAUUUACAAUUUGCAUCAUCACAGUGCGGGCGAUGAGGCUACUCGCGUUAAAAUUUGCGUCAAGCAAUUCCGAAAGGCUUGUAUCGCCUUGAACGAAGCAAUCGAACGCGAAAUUCACGCUGAUAUGGAAUAUGCAAUCAACAAUUGUCUCGCGGGCGCACGCUAUGAACGUGUGCAAGGUGACGGGCCACAGGUCAAGGGCAUCUCGUUGCAAUAUCCGCUGUUCCAAACGUAUUUCACACACGACAACAUCGAGGGAAAGACAAUCAAGGAGAUCGAAGAGAUGAUGUACAAUGAGAAUGGGAAAUUUUUCAUGGCGCACAACGGUUGGGUGAUGGGCGGAGAUCCGUUGCAUGAUUUUGCGGCGCCUCAAGCUGCCCAUACGACAGUUUAUUUCCGUCGAGAGCUCGUUGGAUGGGGAGAUAGUGUCAAAUUGCGUUUCGGACAGAAACCUGCGGAUUGUCCUUAUUUGUGGGAACACAUGAAGAAGUAUGUGGAUACGACGGCGCGCAUUUUUGACGGUGUUCGUCUGGAUAAUUGCCAUUCGACGCCCUUGCAUGUCGCGGAAUAUUUACUCGAUAGUGCGCGAAAAAUCAAUCCUGAACUGUACGUCGUUGCCGAAUUAUUCACAAACUCCGAUGGCACAGACAACAUUUUCGUGAAUCGCUUAGGCAUCAACUCCUUAAUUCGUGAAGCACAAGCCGCAUGGAAUUCGCACGAAGAAGGUCGUCUUGUCUAUCGUUAUGGCGGCGCGCCAGUUGGUGCCUUCUUCGUCAGCCCCUCACGUCCCAUCGCUCCAAAUAUCGCACACGCUUUAUUCUUGGACUUGACUCACGACAAUCCCUCUGCCGUCGACAAACGUUCCGUCUUCGAUUUACUUCCAACCGGAGCUCUUGUCGCCAUGGCAUGUUGCGCUACCGGCAGCAAUCGCGGGUACGACGAACUCGUUCCGCAUCACAUUCACGUCGUCAACGAGGAGCGUCAAUACCAAGAAUGGCCAAAGCACGUAAAUCACGAAACGGGCAUGAUCGCCGCACGUAAAGUGAUAAAUUUACUUCAUGGAGAAAUGGCGGAACAAGGUUUCAAUCAAGUUUUCGUCGAUCAAAUGCAUCCGGAUAUCGUUGCGGUGACUCGUCAUUCGCCGAAAACGCAUCAAACGAUCGUUACUGUUGCCCAUACGUGCUUCUACAAGCCAAAUCCGCAUGCGGGACCGACGGGAGUUCGUUCACUCGCGUUCGAAGGAGAGUUGGAUGAGAUUAUUUUGGAAGCUACGAUCUCUCACAAAACUGGACCUCAAUUCCAACCGCCCGAAAACUUCAAAAAAGACGAAAAGUACAUCAAUGGUUUGGAUGAAUAUGUCGUAAAGACCAAGGAGCACAUCCAGCUGAAGGAUUCUGAUGUUUUUGGCAGAGAAGCUCAACGAACAGAUACUCAUACGAUCCUUCAUAUGCACAAUUUGAAGCCCGGAACAGUCGUUUCCAUUCGUGCCUCACUUAAGGAAUACGCAAAACUCCCCUUGGAAAAGCUCAUUCGUGUCGUCGACGAUUUCCACAGCGAAACCGGAGCUUAUUUGGAAUUGAAAAAAGUCGUUUCUGGGCUAGAUCUCGUCGACUUGAACCACGCCUUGUAUUGUUGCGAUCAAGAAGAACGCGAUUUAACGGGUUGCGGCACUUAUGGAAUCCCAAAUUUCGCUAAUUUAGUUUAUUGUGGCUUCCAAGGCAUCGUUUCGCAUUUGAGCGAAAUUUCUCCAAAAGACGAUUUGGGACACCCCAUUUGCGGAAAUUUGCGCGAAGGCAAUUGGAUGUUGGAUUACAUCCUUCAUCGCCUGAGUUGCAUCCCCAAAUUGCGUCCCUUGGGUGAAUGGCUUCGUCCUCAUUUCGAUGUUUUGAAGACAAUUCCGCGUUACAUGAUUCCCGCGUACUUUGAUGUCAUCGUCACGGGCGUUUAUAACGCUUUGAUCCAACAAGUUUUCAAUUUAAUGUCGGAUUUCGUGCGAAAUGGCAGUACUUUUUGUAAAAUGUUGGCUUUGGGCUCCGUUCAAUUCAUCUCGCGAUGCAAUUCGUCAGGCCUUCCGAAAGUUACGGGAAAUCAAGCGAUCGAAUAUCCAACGUUGUCAGCAGGAUUGCCGCAUUUCUCGACGGGUUACAUGCGUUGUUGGGGUCGAGAUACUUUUAUUGCGCUUCCGGGACUCACAAUUCUCACGGGACGCUAUGAAGAGGCGAAACAAAUUAUUUUGAGCUUUGGUACGACUUUGAGACACGGAUUGAUUCCGAAUCUCUUGGAUGGCGGCAAAAAUCCUCGGUAUAAUUGUCGCGAUGCGAUUUGGUGGUGGCUUUAUUGCAUCAAAAAGUACGCCACGGAGGCGCCGAAUGGAGAAAGUAUUCUCAAGGAGAAGAUUUCGCGCAUCUUUCCGACUGACGAUGCACCUGCUCAUGCCCCCGGGCAACACAUGGAGUUCCUAUAUGACACAAUUCAAGAAGCACUCACGAAACAUUUCCAGGGGUUGGCGUUUAGGGAACGCAAUGCCGGCACAAUGAUCGAUGCACAUAUGAAAGAUGAGGGAUUCAAUAAUAGAAUUGGCGUGGAUUUGGAUACGGGCUUCGUUUUUGGCGGAAAUGCACUUAAUUGUGGCACGUGGAUGGAUAAAAUGGGAUCUUGCAACAAAAGCGGCAAUCGUGGCAUCCCAUCAACUCCACGUGACGGUUCAGCAGUCGAACUCGUUGGUUUGCAAUUCUGCGCCUUACGUUUCCUCCAAAAGAUGUCAGAAAAGAAGGUAAUUCCUCACUCUGGCGUCACUCGACAAUGCAGCGAAGGCGCUACCCUCACAUGGAGCUACAAAGAUUGGGCCGACAAGAUCGCCGACAACUUCGAAUCACGCUUUUUCGUCGGACACAACAACGUUUCCUCGCCAUCUGCCAACAAACGCGGCAUUUACAAGGACUCUUGCGGCGCCUCACACGAAUGGGCCGAUUACCAACUUCGUCCCAACUUUACGAUCGCCAUGACUGUCGCGCCGGAAAUCUUUGAUCCGCAAAAUGCGUGGGAAGCAUUGGAAAAUGCCCGAAAAUAUUUGUUGGGACCGCUCGGCAUGAAAACUUUGGAUCCCGAAGAUUGGGGAUAUCGCGGAAAUUACGACAAUUCCAUUGAUUGCGACGAUCCGAAAAUCUCGCAUGGCGCCAAUUACCAUCAAGGACCCGAAUGGGUUUGGCCAAUUGGAUUUUACUUGCGUGCCCGUUUGCAUUUCUCAAAGUUGAAUAAUUGUCAAGAUGCGACAGUGUCGGAAACGUGGAGUAUUCUCACGAAACAUUUGCACGAAAUUGAGACGUCGCAUUGGCGAGGCUUGCCAGAAUUGACAAAUGAGGAUGGCGCUUAUUGCAGAGAUUCGUGCCGCACUCAAGCAUGGAGCAUGUCGUGUGUCUUGGAGACGUUGCAUGAUUUGGAAAAAUUAUAAAAAAAAUUAAAUGAAGACAUUUUAUCGAAAAAAGGCACUUUUUAACAAUCAUCUCAGAUUCAAUGAACUAGUCAACAUCGCUCAAAAGGCAGAAAUUUUAAAAUGGGCUCCCAUCCGAUCGUUCGUUGAUGUCGUCUGUACCUGCCAGAACUUCAGGGAAAAGCACUUUUACCAAUAUUUAGUACAUAAAUUGAGCUGAAAACUUGAAUUAUCGCCCAUUUUACACCUUAGUGCCAUAAGUUAAGCCCAAAGAUUUUUGUUUUUUCAAUUUUUUUGUUAGAUUUGUUAGAAAAUGUUGUUAUUUUUAUAUAAUUUUUAAGUCCUGUCAAAAGGCAACUAAAUCUUGUGCAAUUAUAAUUGUCUACCUAUAUAGCUGAGCCAAGAAAAAACACUUAGAAAUACUCGUAGUUCAAAUUAAAUCAUAUUAAAAUGUACAAAAAACAUUUUUUUUCAUUAAAAUUU